AUGAUUAAUGAGCUCUUGCUAUUUUAGUUGAUUUUAUUAUCCUCAUCUGUAAUCACUUUAUUUUACAUUCAUGAUAGAGACUUAAAUAAAUAGAAGAUAUUAUUCAUACUUUCUCUCUGUAAUAUAAGUAUAUUACUCUUUGAAAUAAGAAUUAUAGGAAAUUCGUAUUGUAUAUAUAUAAUCACUAAACAAUUUUAGAUUUAACAAUAACAGCAGCAUUAUUUUUGAUAUUUAGGCAAUAUUACAAAUAAUUAACUCAAGCCUAUAUUCCAUAGAUUGUUAUUUUGAAUACUUAAGUCUAAGAACGUACAGGCAAGAUAGAUUAAGAAAUAGAAUAUUAACCUUAAUAUCUACCAGCUAUUCCAUCAAUUUAAGAAAGCAACUCAAGUAUUACACCUAAGUAGAUACUUAAUACAAAUGAAAAUAAUAAUGUACCCUAGAAUACAACAGAAAGAGGGCUGAAUCAUAUUAAAUAGGAUUCUGGUAUGAGUUUUUUGGGAGAUCACAAAAGAUCAUCUUACUCUAAAAAUCACAGUAAUAGUGGGAUUCCUUAGAGAUCAUAGAUUAGUUAAUAAACUCAAGGUAAGAAUUUGCGUUUAUACAAGCUAAUUUUAACGUUAUAAAGUUUCAAGAUGAUUGUGGAGAGAUCAAAUUUGGUAUUCUUAAGACUUUAAAAUCUGUUAAUUAUGAUUAAAUAGGCAAAGAGAUUGAGAUUAUAUAUUAGAAUGAAAAAACAUUAACUAGAUUGCUAUCAAAUAUUGAUAAAAAAGGAGCACCUCGUAUGUAGUUACUCUAUGAAAGUCAAUCAUAAACAAAUUAAGUUGUGGAUGAUAAUUUAAGAGGUGCUAUUUAAUUGGAUUACAAUAAUAAUGAUUCAAUUAAUGAACAAAAAAAAAUUACCUGGAUCAAAAUUUUAAAGACAUUAAUUUUCUAGACGGUUUUAAUUUUUAAUUUCUUAAUUAUUCAACCAUGGCAGAUAAUGUAAACCUUACUAUUUGUUUUUGUUUGUUUUAGACAAAUUUUUUUAUUCUCAAAGUUAAAAAUAAAAGAACUUGAAAUUUCUUUUGAAUUUAGACAGAUUUUAAUAUGGAAUAUACUUUUGUUUUUGCCUUUGAUUUUGUUAUUUAUCUUAAAUUACGUUCCUUCAACUAUUGCUUUAGCAGUAAAUGGUAUUGCUUAAUGGGUCUCAAUUAUGAUCACAUUUAAAUAUUACAAAUCAUGUUAGGAGUAUUUCAUUUUUUUAUUGAUUUUUUAGGCAUAUUCAUUUAGUUUCUUUUUAUGUACUUUUGUUGGCCACUAUUCUCUGUUUUAUUUGA